CUACAAGACCAACCUCCUCUAUGGGGACAUAAGCCCUGUGCCCGUGGACCAGCUGAUCGCGGUGGUGGAAGAGGUCCUCUAUUCUCUACUCAACCAAAGCGAGAACAUGGAAGGCUGGCCCCGGGUGGUCUCCGAGGACAUCGUGAAGCAAGUCCACAAGCUGAAGAACGAGAUGUUCGUGAUGGGCGGCAAGAUCAAGGGGAAGACCCUGCUGCCCAUCCCAGAGCACCUGGAGAGCCUGGACGGCACGCUGGAGUCCAUGGAGAGGAUCCCCACCUCCCUGGACAACUCUCUCCUGCACGCCAUUGAAACCAUUAUCAUCGACUGGUCCCACCAGAUCCGGGACGUGCUGAGCAAGGACUCGGCCCAGGCCCUCCUGGACGGGCUGAACCCCCUGCCCCAAGUUGAGUUCGAGUUCUGGGAUGCCCGACUGAUGAACCUCAAGUGCAUCCAUGAGCAGCUAAAUAGACCCAAAGUAAACAAAAUAGUUGAGAUCCUGGAGAAAGCCCAAAGCUGCUACUGGCCAGCCCUGCAAAACGUUUACAUGAAUGUCACUGAAGGCCUGAAGGAAGCCAACGACAUCGUUCUCUACCUGAAGCCCCUGCGGAUAUCGCUGGAGGAGAUGGAGCAGGCUGACUUCACGGUGCUCCCGAACUUCAUUGCCAAGGUGCUGGACACCAUCGCCUUCAUCUGGGCCACCUCGGAGCACUACAACACACCCUCCAGGGUCAUCGUCAUCCUGCGGGAGUUGUGCAACCAGAUCAUCGAGAUGGUGCGCCUUGCCGGCCGCCCGCUGGGCCCGCCCGCUUCCCCUGCAGCCCUUUGCCCCCCCUCCAUCCCCCUCCAUCCCCCUCCAUCCCCCUGCACCCCCUGCAUCCUUCUCCAUCCCCCUGCACCCCCUGCACCUCCUGCACCCCCUCCAUCCCCCUGCACCCCCUGCAUCCCCUGCACCCCUCCAUCCCCCUGCACCCCCUGCAUUCCCCUGCAUCCCCCUGUACCCCCUGCGUCCCUGUGCCUCCCCCUGCUUCCCCCUGCGUCCUUCUCCAUCCCCCUGUAUCCCCCUGCAUCCUCCAUCCCCCUCCAUCCUCCAUCCCCCUGUAUCCCCCUGCACCCCCUGCACCUCCUGCACCCCCUCCAUCCCCCUGCACCCCCUGCAUUCCCCUGCAUCCCCUGUACCCCCUGCGUCCCUGUGCCUCCCCCUGCUUCCCCCUGCGUCCUUCUCCAUCCCCCUGUAUCCCCCUGCAUCCUCCAUCCCCCUCCAUCCUCCAUCCCCCUGUAUCCCCUGCACCCCCUGCACCUCCUGCACCCCCUCCAUCCCCCUGCACCCCCUGCACCCCCUCCAUCCCCCUGCACCCCCUGCAUCUCCCUGCACCCCCUCCAUCCCCCUGCACCCCCUGCACCCCCUGCACCCCCUGCACCUCCUGCACCCCCUGAACCCCCCUGCACCCCCUGCAUCCCCCUGCAUCCCCCUGCACCCCCUGCACCUCCUGCAUCCCCUGCAUCCCCCUGCACCCCCUGCACCCCCUGCACCCCCUGCAUCCCCCUGCAUCCCCCUGCACCCCCUCCACCCCCCUGCACCCCCUCCAUCCCCCUGCACCCCCUGCACCCCCUGCAUCCCCCUGCAUCCCCCUGCACCCCCUCCACCCCCCUGCACCCCCUCCAUCCCCCUGCAUCUCCCUGCCUCCCCCUGCAUCCCCCUGCAUCCUUCUCCAUCCCCUGCCUCCCCCUGCAUCCCCCUGCAUCCUUCUCCAUCCCCCUGCCUCCCCCUGCAUCCUUCUCCAUCCCCCUGCAUCCCCCUGCAUCCUUCUCCAUCCCCCUGCAUCCUUCUCCAUCCCCCCGCAUCCCCCUGCACCCCCUCCAUUCCCCUGCACCCUCUCCAUCCCCCUGCACCCCCUCCAUCCCCCUGCACCCCCUGCAUCCCCCUGCAUCCUUCUCCAUCCCCCUGCAUCCCCCUGCAUCCUUCUCCAUCCCCCUGCAUCCCCCUGCAUCCUUCUCCAUCCCCCUGCAUCCCCCUGCACCCCCUCCAUUCCCCUCUUUGACUCAGGCCGAGGCACAAGCAUGGGAAGCCUCUCAGUGCCCUGAACACAGCCCAGCAGCUGGCGUUCAGACGCGAACUUUCCUGAGCCCGGACGAGGUCCUGAAGGGCUUGCAGGGCGAGAUAGAGGAGGUGCUGGUGGGCAUCUCCUUGUCCGUGCGCGUCCUGAAGCAGCUCUUCCAGGCCUACGACUUCUGCUGCACCAACAUGAAGCUCUUCUUCAAGGACAAGGAGCCGGUGCCCUGGGAGUUCCCGUCCUCCCUUGCGUUCUCCAGGAUGAACUCUUUCUUCCGCCGCAUCCAAACCAUUGAGGAUCUUUAUAAAACUGCUAUUGAGUUUCUGAAGCUGGAGAAGAUCGAGCUCGGGGGGGUGCGGGGGAACAUCCUGGGAAACAUGGUGACUCAGAUUUACGACGAGGUCUUUGAGCUGGUGAAGGUUUUUGCUGAGUGCAAAUACGACCCCUUGGACCCUGGAGACGAAAGUUUUGACAAUGACUACGCUGACUUUGAGACGAAAAUUCAGGAUCUGGACAGGAGACUGGCCACCAUCUUCUGCCAAGCGUUCGACGACUGCAGCUCCAUCGAGUCCUCCGCGAAGCUCCUGUACAUGUGUGGGAGCCUCCUGGAGCGGCCCCUGAUCCUGGCCGAGGUGGUGCCCAGGUACUCAACCAUGCUGGAGAUGUUCGACACCGAGCUGGACAAUGCCAAGCUCUUGUACGAUGCCCAGAUGGCGGCCUCCGCAGAUGGCACCAUCCCGCCCAUCCACAAGAACAUGCCGCCCGUGGCCGGGCAGCUCAAGUGGAGCCUGGAGCUGCAGGAGAGGUUGGAGGUGGCUCUGAAGCACCUGAAGCACAUCGACCACCCGGUCACGUCCAGCAUGGAGGCCAAGAUGAUCUACCAGAAGUACGAGGAGAUGAUGGAGCUGCUGCGCAGCUACCGCGAGAAGGUCUACAGGCAGUGGGUGGAGAGGGUGGACGAGGACUGCCACUUCAACCUGGGGCAGCCGCUGAUCCAGCGGGACGCCACCUCCGGCCUCCUCAAAGUCAACUUCAGCAAGGCGCUGGUGGCCGUCCUGAGAGAAGUCAAGUAUUUGAACUUCCAGCAGCAAAAAGAGAUCCCGGGCAGUGCGGAGCAUCUGUUCUCGGACAACGAGACCUUCCGGAAGUUCGUGGGGAACCUGGAGCUCAUCGUUGGCUGGUACAAUGAGAUAAAGGCCACAGUGAUGGACGUGGAGUACCCGCUGAUCAAGUCGGAGCUGGAGGCCAUCGAUGACAGACUGUCCAGCGCAGAGACCACGCUCUUCUGGAACGGCGAAGGUGUGUUUCAAUACAUCCAAGAGAUGCGAGAAAUUCUGCACAACCUGCAGAACAGGAUGCAAAAAGCAAAGCAGAACAUCGAAGGGAUUUCCCAGGCCAUGAAGGACUGGUCAGCCAACCCCCUGUUUGAAAGAAAGGACAACAAGAAAGAGGCCCUGCUGGACCUGGAUGGAAGGACGGUCAACCUGAACAAGCGCUACACGGCCGUCAAGGACGCUGGCGUGAAGAUCCAAGCCAUGGUCACGGAAAACGCAGAGCUGUUCAAAGCAGACACACUGAGCCAGCCCUGGAAGGACUACGUCAACUACAUCGACAGCAUGGUCCUAAAAGAAUUCGACUAUUUUGUCCGCAAGUCUCUCAAUUACCUGAUGGACAACAUGGUUUUGGAUGAGAGCAUCGCGCCCCUGUUUGAGAUCCACAUGGAGCUGGACGAGGAGGGGCUGACCUUCAGCCCGUCGCUGGAGGUGGGCUCUGAGCGCGGCUUCCUGGCGCUGAUCGAGGGCCUGGUCAACGACAUCUACAAUGUGGCCAGACUCAUCCCCCGGCUGGCCAAGGGCAGGGUGAACUACAAGACGGACCUGGAAGACAAGACGGACCUCAUCGAGAUGAGGGAGGAGCUGUCCAGCAUGGUCAUCAACGCCAUGAAGGAGGCCGAGGAGUACCAGGACUCCAUGGAGAAGUACUCCUACCUCUGGACCGACGACCUGCAGGAGUUCAUGAGGAACUUCCUCAUCUUUGGGCACGUGCCCACGGCGGAGGAGCUGGACACCCGGACAGACGCCCCUGUGCCCAAGACGCCACCAGCCCUCACUCAGUUCCAGGAGCAGAUCGACUCCUACGAGAAGCUGUACGAGGAGGUGUCGAGGUGCGAGAACACCAAGGUGUUCCACAGCUGGCUGCAGUGCGACUGCCGUCCCUUCAAACAGGCCCUGCUCAACACCAUCAAGCGCUGGAGCCUCAUGUUCAAGCGCUACCUGAGCAACCACGUCAUCAACAGCCUCACAGACCUGGAGGCCUUCAUGAAGGUGUGCAGGACGGGCCUGAAGAAGCCGCUCAAGGAGGGGGACUACGACGGGCUGGUGGAGGUGAUGGGGCACCUGAUGAGGGUGAAGGAGAGGCAGGCGGCCACUGACAGCAUGUUCGAGCCCCUGAAGCAGACUAUCGAGCUGCUCAGGACCUACGGGGAGGAGCUGCCCGAGGAGGCCCACCUGAAGCUGCAGGAGCUGCCGGAGCAGUGGACAAACACCAAGAAACUGGCCAUCCAGGUGAAGCAGAACGUGGCUCCCCUCCAGGCCAACGAGGUCAGCAUCCUGCGGCGGAAGUGCCAGCAAUUCGAGAUCAAGCAGCAAGAGUUCAGGGAGAAGUUCAGGAGGGAGGCCCCGUUCUCCUUCAGCAGCCUGGAGCCCUACAAGGCCCUGAACAAGCAACAAAAGAGCAUCGCAGCCAUGGAGGAGAGCAUGGAAGCACUGUGCAAGUCCGGAAGCCUGUUCGAGGUCACCGUCCCCGACUUCAAGCAGCUCAAAGCCUGCCACAGGGAGGUCCGCCUGCUGAAGGAGCUGUGGGACAUGAUCGUCAUGGUGAACACCAGCAUCGACGACUGGAAGACCACCAAGUGGAAAGACAUCAACGUGGAGCAGAUGGACAUCGACUGCAAGAAGUUCGCCAAGGACGUGAGGUCGCUGGACAAGGAGAUGAAAACCUGGGACGCCUUCGUGGGGCUGGACAACACCGUGAAGAACAUGAUCACGUCCCUGCGCGCCGUGAGCGAGCUGCAGAACCCCGCCAUCCGCGACCGCCACUGGCAGCAGCUCAUGCAGGCCACCCAGGUGAAGUUCCAGAUGUCCGAGGAGACCACCCUGGCCGACCUGCUGCAGCUGAAUCUCCACAGGUUCGAGGACGAGGUCCGCAACAUCGUGGACAAGGCCGUGAAGGAGUCGGGCAUGGAGAAGGUGCUGAAAGCCCUGGACAGCACCUGGACCACCAUGGAAUUCGAGCACGAGCCACACCCGCGCACGGGCACCAUGAUGCUCAAGGCAGACGAGGUGCUGGUGGAGACGCUGGAGGACAACCAGGUGCAGCUGCAGAACCUGAUGAUGUCCAAGUACCUGUCCCACUUCCUCAAGGAGGUGACCAGCUGGCAGCAGAAGCUGUCCACGGCAGACUCGGUCAUCUCCAUCUGGUUUGAGGUCCAGAGGACCUGGAGCCACCUGGAGAGCAUCUUCAUAGGCUCUGAAGACAUCCGCGCCCAGCUCCCCGAGGAUUCCAAGCGCUUUGACGACAUCGACAUGGAGUUCAAGGCCUUGAUGGAAGACGCAGUGAAGACUCCCAACGUGGUAGAAGCCACCAACAAGCCUGGUCUCUACGAUAAACUUGAGGCGCUGAAGAAGAGCCUGGCCAUGUGCGAGAAGGCGCUGGCGGAGUACCUGGAGACCAAGAGGCUGGCCUUCCCUCGCUUCUACUUCGUCUCCUCGGCCGACCUGCUGGACAUCCUCUCCAACGGCAACGACCCCGUGGAGGUGAGCCGCCACCUGUCCAAGCUCUUCGACAGCCUGUGUAAGCUGAAGUUCCGACUCGAUGCUGAGGAGAAGCCGCUGAAAUUUGGCCUGGGGAUGUACAGCAAGGAGGACGAGUACAUGGACUUCGACCACGAGUGUGACCUCUCGGGGCAGGUGGAGGUCUGGCUGAACCGAGUGCUGGACCGAAUGUGCGCCACGCUCCGACACGAAAUCCCAGAAGCCGUGGUGACCUACGAGGAGAAGCCCAGGGAGCAGUGGAUCUUCGACUACCCGGCCCAGAUUGCGCUGACCUGCACCCAGAUCUGGUGGACCACCGAGGUGGGCCUGGCGUUCUCCAGGCUGGAGGAGGGCUACGAGAACGCCAUCAAGGAUUACAACAAGAAGCAGAUCAGCCAGCUGAACGCGCUCAUCACGCUGCUCAUCGGGAACCUGAGCGCCGGGGACAGGAUGAAGAUCAUGACCAUCUGCACCAUCGACGUGCACGCGCGGGACGUGGUGGCCAAGAUGAUCGCCGCCAAGGUGGAGAGCUCCCAGGCCUUCACCUGGCAGUCUCAGCUCCGCCACCGCUGGGACGAGGACAAGAGGCACUGCUUCGCCAACAUCUGCGACGCACAAAUCCAGUACUCCUACGAGUACCUGGGCAACACCCCACGGCUGGUCAUCACGCCCCUCACGGACAGGUGCUACAUCACGCUGACCCAGUCUCUGCACCUGAUCAUGGGCGGAGCCCCGGCAGGCCCCGCAGGCACCGGCAAGACAGAGACCACCAAGGACCUGGGCCGGGCGCUGGGCACCAUGGUGUACGUCUUCAACUGCUCCGAGCAGAUGGACUACAAGUCCUGUGGGAACAUCUACAAGGGCCUGGCCCAGACAGGAGCCUGGGGCUGCUUUGAUGAGUUCAACCGGAUCUCGGUGGAAGUCCUGUCCGUGAUCGCAGUGCAGGUAAAAUGUGUCCAGGACGCAAUUCGGGCCAAGAAAAAGACGUUCAACUUCCUGGGAGAGAUGAUAAGACUGAUCCCCACUGUCGGCAUCUUCAUCACCAUGAACCCGGGGUACGCGGGACGCACGGAGCUGCCCGAGAACCUGAAGGCCCUGUUCAGGCCCUGCGCCAUGGUGGUCCCCGACUUCGAGCUGAUCUGUGAGAUCAUGCUGGUGGCCGAGGGCUUUCUGGAGGCCCGCCUGCUGGCCAGGAAGUUCAUCACACUCUACACCUUGUGCAAAGAGCUGCUGUCCAAGCAGGAUCACUACGACUGGGGCCUGCGAGCCAUCAAGUCCGUGCUGGUGGUGGCCGGCUCUCUGAAGAGGGGCGACCCUGCCCGGGCAGAGGACCAGGUGCUCAUGAGGGCCCUGAGGGACUUCAACAUCCCCAAGAUCGUGACCGACGACCUGCCCGUCUUCAUGGGGCUGAUCGGGGACCUCUUCCCGGCUCUGGACGUGCCUCGGAAGCGAGACCUGAACUUCGAGAAGGUCAUCAAGCAGAGCGUGGUGGAGCUGCGGCUGCAGGCCGAGGACAGCUUCGUGCUGAAGGUGGUGCAGCUGGAGGAGCUGCUGCAAGUGCGGCACUCGGUGUUCGUCAUCGGGAACGCGGGCAGCGGCAAGUCCCAGGUCCUCAAGUCCCUCAACAAAACCUACCAGAACAUGAAGAGGAAGCCGGUGGCCGUGGACCUGGACCCCAAGGCUGUCACCUGUGACGAGCUCUUUGGCAUCAUCAACCCAGCCACCAGGGAGUGGAAAGACGGUAAUGGAGGUGUGGCCUCAGGAGCAGGCCUGUUCUCCACCGUCAUGCGGGACCUGGCCAACAUCACUCACGACGGCCCCAAGUGGAUCGUCCUGGAUGGGGACAUAGACCCCAUGUGGAUCGAGUCUCUCAACACUGUCAUGGAUGACAACAAGGUCCUCACCCUGGCCAGCAACGAGCGCAUCCCCUUGAACCGCACCAUGAGGCUGGUGUUCGAGAUCAGCCACCUGCGGACGGCCACCCCGGCCACCGUCUCCAGAGCUGGGAUUCUCUACAUCAACCCGGCAGACCUGGGCUGGAACCCGGUGGUGAGCAGCUGGAUCGAGAGGCGCAGGGUGCAGUCAGAGAAGGCCAACCUGACCAUCCUCUUCGACAAGUACCUGCCCACGUGCCUGGACAAGCUGCGCUUUGGCUUUAAGAGGAUCACGCCGGUGCCCGAGAUCACCAUCAUCCAGAUGAUCCUGUACCUGCUGGAGUGCCUGCUCACCGAGAGGAACACGCCGCCCGACUCCCCCAAGGAGCUCUACGAGCUCUACUUCGUGUUCGCCUGCUUCUGGGCCUUCGGUGGCGCCAUGUUCCAGGACCAGCUGAUAGAUUACCGAGUCGAGUUCAGCAGGUGGUGGGUCAAUGAGUUCAAGACUAUCAAGCUGCCCUCUCAGGGAACAAUUUUUGACUACUACAUCGAUCCAGACACCAAAAAGUUCCUACCAUGGACAGACAAAGUGCCCGCCUUUGAGCUGGAUCCCGACAUCCCACUGCAGGCCUCUCUGGUCCACACCACGGAAACCAUCCGCAUCCGCUACUUCAUGGACCUGCUCAUGGAGAAGUCCUGGCCGGUGAUGCUGGUGGGGAACGCGGGCACUGGGAAGUCGGUGCUGAUGGGGGACAAGCUGGAGAAGCUAAGCACAGACGAGUACCUGGUGCAGGCUGUGCCCUUCAACUUCUACACCACCUCGGCCAUGCUGCAGGGGGUGCUCGAGAAGCCCCUGGAGAAGAAAUCGGGGAGAAACUACGGACCGCCGGGCACCAAGAAGCUGAUCUACUUCAUCGACGACAUGAACAUGCCCGAGGUGGACAAGUACGGGACGGUGGCGCCGCACACCCUCAUCCGACAGCACAUGGACCACGGGCACUGGUACGACAGGCAGAAGCUGACGUUGAAGGACAUCCAUAACUGUCAGUACGUGGCUUGCAUGAACCCCACCGCCGGAUCCUUCACCAUUGACCCAAGACUGCAGCGUCACUUCUGCGUGUUUGCCGUGAGCUUCCCUGGCCAGGAGGCCCUCAUGACCAUCUACAGCACGAUCCUGAUACAGCACCUGUCCUACCGCUCCGUCCCCAUGGCGGUUCAGAGGAUGAGCAGCCAGCUGGUGGCUGCGGCCCUGGCCUUGCAUCAGAAAGUCACAUCAACAUUUCUUCCCACGGCCAUUAAGUUUCAUUAUGUCUUCAACCUCAGGGACCUCUCCAAUAUUUUCCAGGGCCUCUUGUUUUCCACAGCAGAGAUUCUGAAGAUCCCACUGGACCUUGUCCGCCUUUGGCUGCACGAGGCCGAACGAGUGUAUGGUGACAAAAUGGUUGAUGAGAAAGACCAGGAAACGCUGCACAGAGUCACCGUCGCCUCCACCAAGAAAUUCUUUGAUGAACUUGGUGAGGAGCUCAUGUUUGCCAAACCGAAUAUCUUCUGCCACUUUGCCCAAGGGAUUGGCGAUCCCAAAUACUUCUACGUGACUGACGUGCCCUAUCUGAACAAGCUCCUGGUGGACGUCCUGGACAGCUACAACGAGGUCAAUGCCGUCAUGAACUUGGUGCUGUUCGAAGACGCUGUGGCCCACAUCUGCAGGAUCAACCGCAUCCUGGAGUCCCCCCGGGGCAACGCCCUGCUGGUGGGCGUGGGCGGCAGCGGGAAGCAGAGCCUCUCGCGCCUGGCCGCCUACAUCAGUGCCCUGGACGUGUUCCAGAUCACCCUCAAGAAGGGCUAUGGCAUCCCGGACCUCAAGAUGGACCUGGCUGCCCAGUACAUCAAAGCAGCUGUGAAGAACGUGCCCUCCGUGUUCCUGAUGACGGACUCCCAGGUGGCUGAAGAGCAGUUCCUGGUGCUGAUCAACGACCUGCUGGCCUCCGGGGAGAUCCCCGGGCUGUUCGCGGACGACGACGUGGAAAACAUCAUCUCCUCCAUGCGGCCGCAGGUGAAGUCCCUGGGCAUGACCGACACGCGGGAGGCGUGCUGGAAGUUCUUCAUCGAGAAAGUUCGCAAGCAGCUCAAGGUGAUCCUGUGCUUCUCCCCGGUGGGCUCCGUCCUGCGAGUCCGAGCAAGGAAAUUCCCUGCCGUGGUCAACUGCACGGCCAUCGACUGGUUCCACGAGUGGCCGGAAGAUGCACUGGUGUCCGUCAGCGCUCGCUUCUUGGAGGAAACCGAGGGCAUUUCGCGGGAGGUGAAGACCUCCAUCAGCCUCUUCAUGUCCUACGUGCACACCACCGUCAACGAGAUGUCCAAGGUCUACCUGGCGAUCGAGAGGCGCUACAACUACACCACGCCCAAGACCUUCCUGGAGCAGAUCAAGCUCUACCAGAACCUGCUGGCCAGGAAGCGGAUGGAGCUUGUGGCCAAAAUCGAGCGGCUGGAGAACGGCCUGAUGAAGCUGCAGAGCACGGCCUCCCAGGUGGAUGACUUAAAAGCCACGCUGGCAAUUCAGGAGGCUGAGCUCAAGCUGAAGAACGAGAACGCAGACAAGCUGAUCCAGGUGGUGGGCGUGGAGACCGAGAAGGUCAGCAAAGAGAAAGCCAUUGCCGACGAGGAGGAGGUCAAGGUGGAGGUCAUCAACAAGAAUGUCACUGAGAAACAGAAGGCCUGUGAGACGGACCUGGCGAAGGCAGAGCCAGCCCUGCUGGCCGCACAGGAGGCCCUGGACACUCUGAACAAGAACAACCUGACAGAGCUGAAGUCCUUCGGGUCCCCACCGGAUGCCGUGGUCAACGUCACGGCCGCAGUCAUGAUUCUGACUGCACCUGGAGGCAAGAUCCCCAAGGACAAGAGUUGGAAGGCUGCAAAGAUCAUGAUGGGCAAAGUGGACACAUUCCUGGACUCCCUCAAGAAGUUUGACAAGGAGCACAUUCCCGAGGCCUGCCUGAAGGCCUUUAAGCCCUACCAAGGCAACCCCACCUUCGACCCCGAGUUCAUCCGCUCCAAGUCCACGGCGGCCGCGGGCCUGUGCUCCUGGUGCAUCAACAUCGUCCGCUUCUACGAGGUCUACUGCGACGUGGCGCCCAAGAGGCAGGCCCUGGAGGAGGCCAACGCCGAGCUGGCCGAGGCGCAGGAGAAGCUGUCCCGGAUCAAAAACAAGAUCGCGGAACUCAAUGCCAACUUGAGCAACUUAACCUCAGCAUUUGAAAAAGCAACUGCGGAGAAAAUCAAGUGUCAACAGGAGGCUGAUGCCACCAAUAGAGUGAUCUCCCUGGCGAACAGGCUGGUAGGCGGAUUAGCGUCGGAAAACGUCCGCUGGGCUGAAUCCGUGGAGAACUUCAAAAGCCAGGGGGUCACCCUGUGUGGGGACGUCCUGCUGAUCUCGGCCUUUGUCUCCUAUGUGGGCUACUUCACCAAGAAAUACCGAAAUGAACUGAUGGAAAAAUUCUGGAUCCCUUAUGUAAAUAGCCUGAAGAUCCCCAUCCCCAUCACGGAAGGCCUGGAUCCCUUGAGUCUGCUGACGGAUGACGCGGAUGUGGCCUCUUGGAACAACCAGGGCCUUCCCAGCGACCGCAUGUCCACUGAGAACGCCACCAUCCUGUGCAACACGGAGCGCUGGCCCCUGAUUGUGGACGCCCAGCUUCAGGGGAUCAAGUGGAUCAAAAACAAAUAUGGGAGUGCUCUGAAAGCCAUCCGCCUGGGACAGAAGAGCUACCUGGACAUCAUUGAGCAGGCCAUUUCGGAAGGGGACACCUUGCUCAUUGAGAACAUUGGCGAAACCGUGGACCCUGUGCUGGACCCUUUACUGGGCAGGAACACAAUUAAAAAGGGCAAGUACAUCAAGAUCGGUGACAAGGAGGUGGAGUAUCACCCCAAAUUCCGCCUGAUCCUGCACACCAAGUACUUCAACCCACACUACAAGCCCGAGAUGCAGGCCCAGUGCACCCUCAUCAACUUCCUGGUCACCAGGGACGGACUUGAGGACCAGCUCUUGGCCGCUGUGGUGGCCAAAGAGCGCCCAGAUCUCGAGCAGUUGAAGGCCAACCUCACCAAAUCUCAGAAUGAGUUCAAGAUUGUUCUGAAGGAGCUGGAAGACUCGCUCCUGGCCCGGCUGUCGGCUGCAUCGGGGAACUUUCUGGGAGACACGGCCUUGGUGGAGAACCUGGAGACCACCAAACACACAGCAAGCGAGAUCGAGGAGAAGGUACAAGAGGCGAAGAUCACAGAAGCCAAAAUCAACGAGGCGAGAGAGAACUACCGCCCGGCGGCCGAGCGGGCGUCCCUGCUCUACUUCAUCCUGAACGACCUCAACAAGAUCAACCCCAUCUACCAGUUCUCUCUCAAGGCCUUCAACGUGGUGUUCGAGAAGGCGAUCCAGAGGACCACCCCGGCCGACGAGGUGAGGCAGCGCGUGAUCAACCUGACGGACGAGAUCACCUACUCCGUCUUCAUGUACACCGCCCGGGGACUCUUCGAGCGAGACAAGCUCAUCUUUCUGGCACAAGUGACAUUUCAGGUCCUGUCCAUGAAGAAGGAGUUGAACCCCGUGGAGCUGGACUUCCUGCUGCGGUUCCCUUUCAAGGCCGGCGUGGUCUCGCCUGUGGACUUCCUGCAGCACCAGGGCUGGGGCGGGAUCAAGGCCCUCUCGGAGAUGGACGAGUUCAAAAACCUGGACAGCGACAUCGAGGGCUCUGCCAAACGGUGGAAGAAGCUGGUGGAGUCGGAAACCCCGGAGAAGGAGAUCUUCCCCAAGGAGUGGAAGAACAAGACGGCGCUGCAGAAGCUGUGCAUGGUGCGCUGCAUGCGGCCCGACCGCAUGACCUACGCCGUCAAGAACUUCGUGGAGGAGAAGAUGGGCAGCAAGUUCGUGGAAGGCCGGAGCGUGGAGUUCUCCAAGUCCUACGAGGAGAGCAGCCCCUCCACUCCCAUCUUCUUCAUCCUGUCCCCCGGGGUGGACCCCCUGAAAGACGUGGAAGCGCUGGGAAAAAAAUUGGGAUUUACCAUAGACAAUGGGAAACUCCAUAAUGUGUCCCUGGGGCAGGGACAAGAGGUGGUGGCCGAGAAUGCUCUGGACGUGGCAGCAGAGAACGGGCACUGGGUCAUUCUGCAGAACAUCCACCUGGUGGCCCGGUGGCUGAGCACCCUGGACAAGAAGGUGGAGCGCUACAGCGCUGGCAGCCACGAGGACUACCGCGUGUUCAUCAGCGCGGAGCCCGCGCCCAGCCCCGAGACCCACAUCAUCCCCCAGGGCAUCCUGGAGAACGCCAUCAAGAUCACCAACGAGCCGCCCACCGGCAUGUACGCCAACCUGCACAAGGCCCUGGACCUCUUCAACCAGGACACCAUGGAGAUGUGCACCAAGGAGAUCGAGUUCAAGUGCAUCCUCUUCGCCCUGUGCUACUUCCACGCCGUGGUGGCCGAGAGGCGCAAGUUUGGUGCCCAGGGCUGGAACCGGUCAUACCCCUUCAACAACGGGGACCUCACCAUCUCCAUCAACGUGCUCUACAACUACCUGGAGGCCAACACCAAGGUGCCCUGGGAUGAUCUCCGCUACCUCUUUGGUGAGAUCAUGUAUGGCGGCCACAUCACGGACGACUGGGACCGCCGGCUGUGCAGGACGUACCUAGCGGAGUACGUCCGCGGGGAGAUGCUGGAGGGAGAGGUGAUGCUGGCCCCUGGCUUUCAGAUCCCCCCCAACCUGGACUACAAGGGCUACCACGAGUACAUCGAUGAGAACCUGCCCCCCGAGAGCCCCUACCUGUACGGCCUGCACCCCAAUGCAGAGAUUGGCUUUCUGACGGUCACCUCAGAGAAGCUGUUCCGCACUGUGCUGGAAAUGCAGCCCAAAGAGACAGACUCGGGAGCAGGCACCGGAGUUUCCCGCGAGGAGAAGGUGAAGGCCGUGCUGGAUGAGAUCCUCGAGAAGAUUCCGGAGACGUUCAACAUGGCCGAGAUCAUGGCAAAGGCAGCUGAGAAGACGCCCUACGUGGUAGUCGCCUUUCAAGAAUGUGAAAGGAUGAACAUACUGACCAACGAAAUGCGUCGUUCCCUGAAGGAGUUGAACCUCGGGCUGAAGGGGGAACUGACCAUCACCACUGACAUGGAAGACCUGUCCACGGCUCUGUUUUACGACACUGUGCCCGACACGUGGGUGGCCCGGGCCUACCCCUCCCUGAUGGGCCUGGCAGCCUGGUACUCAGAUCUGCUGCUCCGCAUCAGGGAGCUCGAGGCCUGGACAACGGACUUUGCCCUGCCCACCACCGUGUGGCUGGCUGGGUUCUUCAACCCCCAGUCCUUCCUCACGGCCAUCAUGCAGUCCAUGGCCAGGAAGAACGAGUGGCCCCUCGACAAGAUGUGUUUGUCAGUGGAAGUGACCAAGAGAAACCGGGAGGACGUGACUGCCCCCCCGCGAGAGGGCGCCUACGUGUACGGGCUCUUCAUGGAAGGAGCUCGCUGGGACACCCAGACCGGAGUCAUCACGGAAGCACGUCUGAAGGAGCUGACGCCAGCCAUGCCCGUCAUCUUCAUCAAGGCCAUCCCUGUGGACCGCAUGGAGACCAAGAACAUCUAUGAGUGCCCCGUGUACAAAACGCGCAUCCGUGGACCCACCUACGUCUGGACCUUCAACCUCAAGACUAAAGAGAAGGCAGCCAAGUGGAUCCUGGCGGCCGUGGCGCUGCUGCUGCAGGUGUGACGGGCUGCUGGUCCUGCCCCAUGGCCCCACCUGAACCAAGUCAACCAGACUCCACCAUCGGAGACGGGCCUUGCAACUGUCACCUGCUCUUUAUGGGAACUGAUGGUUGUUUUUUCCCUUACAUAAUCAAGGUGCUUUGUAACCAAGCGCACCUGGACUAACAGGAGGGUGGAGGCUGGUGUACAAGAGGGGUGCAGAUUAAAGCUACCGCAGUCACUCGGCUGUCCUCAUCCAGCUGGGCUCGGCGCCUCAGGCUGGCCAGAGCCUGGUACAGCUGGGCAGGGCCCCCAUUCCAGCAGCCCAGGGAAAGUAUCACAGGAGCCAAACCUCCAAAUCCUGACUCCUGGGGAAGAGAGGGUGCAAGCAGCAUAUGGAGUCAGGGUGCAGCACAGUAUGGUCUGACGUCAUGCGCAGCCCCACUCGAGGGACCAGGGUCGCACUCCUCUCCAAGGACAAAAGGGCUUUGACAAAUGAUACUCCCCACCUUCCGCCCCCGCGUCUAGAAGAGGAAACUAUUCCAUGCAGGGGCCGCUUCCGCCUAGGGUGCUUCCCCUCAGUCACCCACACUUUCUGAAACCACGGGGCAAGACAGUGGGGACCUCAGGGGACUACCUUAACUGUAAGGUGGUGUCCUGUGUGUCCUGGUGGUUCACAGGUUCCCUUUUCCACAGCAUGGCACGGGGGAGAUUUAUACUUUCUCCUGUCUGCUAUCCCCACCCCCACCAUCAGGCAGGGCCAGCAGGAGGGUGUGCAGAGUCCGGAGGUACCCCUGUGAACCGUACAGCCCAGGCUGGGAGACGGCUAUUUUGGCUGCUCAGCAGCAGCUUCCACCCAAUUCCAAGCCCCAGUGAGGCCUCCCCAUUGUGAACUGUGCUCCUGGAAUAAGCAAAGUCACGUUCCUAUUCCUUACGAGCAGUCCUUCAACUUAUCUGAGCUUUGGACAUUCACAUGACACCCUAAAAACUCCCCUCGACCUGUCAGGAGAACCACACUGCCCAUAUACACCUGUGCUCAGUUGCCAGCAACUAUCUGUCCUGAGUGAGUGAAGACAAAGGCAGAUGGCUGUCAAGCCCCUCCUUGCUCCAAGGGAACCUGCCCCAGUCAACAGGCAGCUACAGGUGGAACUGUUGAGCCCCCAGGCUAGCAGGAAGUCUGCUGUCUGCCAUCGGAAUCACUUCAACAGUAGUGAGAGGUAGCCAGGCCCAACGGGCCCUGUGGCCACGCCAAGGAAGGCAUUCCAGCAAUGUGACCAGGCUGCCACUCAGGCGGAUUGGGGCAGCGGGGUGCAGACAAGAGGAGGAGACAACUACCCAAAAGUCUGGAAGCCAGGGGAAGCAGGCACAGAGCCCACAAGCCCCAGGUAAGAUGGGUUCCAGGGGGCAAGACACAGCUUUCUAGGCUUGACGUUAGCAGACACCCUGGGAAUGGCGCUCUAACCUCAGCUCGGUCUUAAGUUUGGCAAGGUCUUUUUUACAAGUAUGUCUACCCAAACCACGGGCAAAGAAGCCGUGCAUACUCAACAGAGGUUGAGGCCCAGAGGUUCUGAUCAGAGGGCAAAGGAAAAGCACCUCAGAUCAGGAGGGAAUCCGAGCCCCUGGGGCACAGGGAAGGAAGCAGAACGCCCAUGCCCCUGCUGGCCAGGAGGGGUUACUGCAGCUGAUCAUAACCAGGUCGCAGGGACAGGCCAGUCUUCAACGGGAGGAGAAAAGGCCACCAGUGGCCUGCCACCAGCAGCUCAUCUCCAUUCCCCGGUAAUAGCCGCAAAAUGUGAACUUUUUCCAAUUUUGCCUUUAGAGCCUAAAAUAAAACAGUAAUUUAUUCCACAUGUACAUAUUGUGGGCAGUUGACAAAACUAUCUCCAAACAUUCCAAGGGAUGAUUCACCUUUGGGCUGUACACAGUGAGGAGGA